CUGAAGGGGGUUUCUCUGAAGUGUACAGGCUAAGGGAGGGAGGGAGAGAGAGGGGUAUGUGCGGCCGGGCUCUGCCGUCUGUCUGAGUGGGGACACACAGCCUCCUGCAGCAGUUAUGCUCCUUGCUAGGCUGGCCAGCCCUGCCGUGCGGAGCUGGCUCCCUCUCAUUAACCUGCGCUUUUCCCAGCAGCUCACUGGAGGACCUUCGGCGCUCGACCUGAGGACGUUCGUCGCCUGCAACACGGAGCCGGUGAGAGAGCACCUAACCCCGGAGAUCAGCCUGUGGCUCCUCACCCCGCGGUGCCGCUUCUGGAGCCAGCCAGCCGAACUGUGGCCCUUCAGCGAUCCCUACUGGGCGAUCUACUGGCCGGGAGGACAGGCACUGUCCAGAUACCUCCUGGAUAAUCCUGCAGUCACAAAGGCAAAGAAGGUGUUGGACUUAGGAAGUGGCUGCGGUGCCUCUGCCAUUGCAGCUUCUAUGAGUGGAGCCACACACGUUCUUGCCAAUGACAUUGACCCAAUUGCAGCAGUCUCCAUAGGAAUGAACUGCAAACUUAACAAAAUACCCCCACUGCCAGUGGCAACGGAAAGUUUAAUUGGAAAAAUGGAAGAAAAAUGGGAUGUGAUUCUUUUAGGUGACAUGUUUUAUGAUGAAGAACUUGCUGCUGAUCUUCACAAUUGGCUGACAGAAUACAAGAGGUUUCAUGGAUCAGAAAUUCUGAUUGGGGAUCCUGGAAGAGCACAGUUCACAAGUUACAGAGCACAGAACUGGCUGCAGAAGAUCAUAGAGUAUGAGCUUCCCGAAACUACCAAAAAGGAGAAUUAUGGACUGACUUCUACCACCGUAUGGAGAUUUUUGCCAUAGGACACAACCGGCAUAUUACUGGACAGGAGUGGGAAUUCUGGAUGCCUUUAAUCCACCAAAGACCUGGAAUUGAAACUAGGACCUACAAGUCUAACAUUUUGACAUAGCUGUGGCUUACUCACAUUGUAUGUAGGACAGACCAGGUAUGGUCUAUCUUUCUUUCCUGAUGUCAACCCACAAAUUUACUGCAGUGGGAUUUGAACUGC